UCUUACAGAAAGCAAAAACAAUAAAAUCAUCUUAAGAGAAAACGUACAAGGCUCCGAAAGAUAUCUAAAGACAAUGCGUGAUUGGAUACAUGGAAACUCUCGGUUACCACUCGCUUUAUCUGUUGUGGAGCUUUUGGUAGAUAUGGAUUGCCAAGGAUGUGAAAAGAAAGUUCGAAGAGCUAUCUCCAAACUCGAUGGAGUGGAUACGGUGGAGAUAGACGUGGAUCAACAAAAAGUGACGGUCACAGGGUACAUUGAUCGGGAAGAUGUUCUUAGAAUGGUGAAACGAACGGGACGAGCAGCAGAGUUCUGGCCAUUUCCUUACAAUGGAUAUUUUGGCGACUCUUAUACGAAUCCUACUCAAUACAUGGAACAACCGAUUCAGAAGAUAAACCAUGCAGAGAAUACUAUUUCAUACAAUGGGAAAUAUGAUUCGUAUGAUGACUCUACUAUCAACGGUUUUUACUAUCCUCGUCCGCCACAAAAAGUUGAUGAAAAUGCUCUUCAUCUUUUUAGUGAUGAUAAUGUACAUGCUUGUGCUGUCAUGUGAUAUUUUUGUAUUAUUAUUUUUUUCGUUCGUUCAUUCAUUAAUUCAUUUUGUCAUCACACAAAAUAAAUAUUGUAUUAUUUUUUGUCCCUCUAAAAUGUAAGUUGUUUGAUAUAUGUACUUAUAUUUAAACUAUUAUUGUUA